GCAAAAGAAAAAGUUAUGUAUGAAAAUGAAGUAAAACAGCAAGAAGAAAAGAUUGGAAAAAUGAAAGCUGAAGCAUCUGAUGAUUAUGGAAUUAAGAAGCAGAUCGAGCUCUUACAAGAGUCGCAGAUGAUGAUUCCAGACUGCCAGCGCAGAUUAGAAGCUGCACAUGCAGAUCUUACUCAGCUACUAGAAAACGAAAAAGAAUUGGAAGAAGCCGAAGAGUAUAAAGAAGCACGUUCCAUACUGGAAUCAGUGAAGCUGGAAGCCUAGAAAGUUUUUCAGUACUCUCUCUUUAUAUGCAUUAGCACUGGGUCCAUUCCACACUUUUGUUUGACUAUGGCUCUAUUACUAUUGUUGACUUGCUAAGGUUCCCUUUAUGCAAACUGGCCUUUCUCUAACUGCAAGAUGCAUCAAAUAAAGGAUGUUCUGAAACAUCUGUGUGUUCCAUAUUCAGGCAAAAUAUAAAUAUUUCCAGUUGAUCUC